UCUUUUAUUUUUAAGGCAUAAUAUAAAAGUGUUUUUCGUUAAGUUCAAAAUUGUUGUGUUCAAAAAAUAUUCGUCAUUUAAGAAAGAGUGAAUUGUGUGUGAUUUCGAAAUCGCUGAUGCGUGGCCAUUUAGUUGUUGCGAAAACAGUAAAGUGCCUCAAAGAAAAUGAUUAAAUCUGGUAAGCAGAAGGCUUGCAUCGAAAUGACGGGAUCAAAGUUGAAAAUAAGAACAAACACUCUGGAGCAGUCGCAUGUUAAGGAGUCAAAUUCAAAUGAAAGGAAACUAGGCUACGAUGAAACUCAACUAGGUGGAAAUAUAUUAAUCGGAAAUUAUGAUUUUUUAAAAGAAUUGGAAAUCACUGAUAAUGGCAUGGGUAUACUUGAUUUGAGCUCUUUGGCACAACUUGAGACCCUCACUUGCAAUCAUAACAAAUUGAAAGAAUUGAUAAUGAAUGGAAAAAGUUUAAAAACAGUAAAGGCCAGACACAACAAUCUCGCUACAAUAAAAAUGCUAUCUGCGCCAACUCAUCUUGUAAAUAUUGAUAUUUCAUACAAUGAUUUCGAAGAACUACCGGAUUGGUUGGGUGCCUGCUAUAAUUUGGAGAGUUUAUAUGCCGAGCACAACCGUCUCUGGACCAUUGACAACAUAUUCGCUACAGAUGGAUUUCGUAAAUUACAUACAUUUAGUUUGGCCUACAAUCAGCUAACAACCUUGAAUGUUUCAACACUAAUUUUUGGCGCCGUUGCAAAUUUAUAUUUGCAAUGCAAUAAAUUACAAAAGUUACCCGACAACUUCUUUGCUAUCACACAUAAAACACUGAGACUGUUGAAUGUCUCGUGUAAUAACUUGUGUGCGGUCGGGGAUAAUCAAAACAUCAAGGAUAACUGCUGCUUACAAGAGUUAUACCUCUCGAAUAAUAAUCUGAAUGAGAAUAUAUUCUCCACUUUUGUGGGUGCGAGACAGUUACGCAUCAUGCACGCAGCUUAUAAUAACAUACGUGAACUACCUGAAAAUAUUAUAAGAAAUUGGACUGAUUUAGAGGUGCUCGUCUUAUCGGGGAAUAAAUUACAAAAUCUACCGGAAAAUAUUUGCGUCCUCACGAAAUUGGAAGUUUUACGUUUACAUUCGAAUCUGCUACACACAACGCCAAGCCUUACGAAAUUAGCGAAUUUGAAAGUAUUGGAUUUGGCACACAAUCAUUUGGAUCACGUAAAUCUCUUGAGUAUUAUGCCAAAGAACAUAAAAUAUUUGGAUCUGUCAUGCAACCUACAAUUACAAUUCGACGAGCGACAAGUGCAGAUGUGUCAGUCUUUGAAGAAAAUGAGCUUAGUGGAUGUUAGCGGUAAAAAUCGCGCUUGCUUGCCCACAAACAAAUUGGCGGAAAUGAAAGAUAGUAAUGUCUUGCGACAACCCUGGAUGGCCGGAUUUACCGAGACGAUUGGGAAAUGUCGAAAAUUGUUAGUUAAACAAAUACGUCUGUGUAAUUUCGCUGAGGAUGAAGGCUUUUUCGGUAUGCUCGAAUCGGCCACUCUGGGUGCACUCAACACGACAUUCGUUAAUUUGGUGCCACAAAUAUUAUUACACGAGCGCAGUGUCAAAGAAACAGCUAAAGAAUAUAUGAAAUAUACAUUACUGUCGGUCUAUCAGCGCUUGGCAAGUGAGAGAGGCUGUGAAGAUCUGCAUAUUGCGCUGUGUCAUAUCGCCAAAGAGAGCGCAGGAUUCAAAGAUUAUAUGAGACCAAAGCGGAGCAAACGUUUCAUUUUACGCGUCGCCAGUAUUGGUAAUAUAGAAGCGCAUCUUGUGCGCAAAACGUCAACAAUUUGCCUGACAAGUGACAGUUAUAAUGCGACGCUGUCACAUGCCGAUAAUUUUAAGGACUCAGAAAAGGCGCUUAUCACUGAUCCCACAAUACACGAAACGUUUCUAAGCAACGACGAUGAGUUUUUAGUGAUCUGCAAUGCGAACAUUUGGCGUGUUAUGAAUAUCGAACGCGUUACACAGGAGAUACGACGUGAAGAAAAUAUAGUUUUAGCUGCCAAACGUUUACAAGAUAUUGCACAAAGCUUCGGCGCAGAUGAGAAUCUGAGCGUUAUAAUUGUACGUUUCAGAUAUAUCGGUACCGAUGUGGAUGACCUGUUGAAAGAGCUAAAGCAAACGGUACGCAAGAAUCCUAUCACGCAAAAUAUGAACUGUGAUGAUAAGCACUCGAUCGGUAGUCAACGUUUAAUUGGUCGCUGUUCACCGCGUCAGGUUUUAAUGGGCGCAAUGCUGAAAAGCGAUCGUUCCUCGCCGAGUGGCCAAAGUGAUCAAGUGCAAAAUUUUCUCAAUAAGGGUGUACACGGCGAGGAGUAUGCCUUUGCAACCGAGCAUGUGCUAGAAGAGGACGAUGAUGAAUUGGAAAUUUUACAUGAAACCGAUUCAGUGCUGUCAGAGGAACAAUUCAAAUGUUGGGAAUACAUGUUGGAACAAAAUACACAACUACUCUUUGACAAAGAACUCAAUACAAUAUCCAAAUCGAUAACAAAAGAUCAUAAUAGCGAAUUGCCGGCGGAACUUAAUAUCAGUCUGGAUAAAAGUGAAUAUAAGGAGAGUAAUUUAAUAAAAACUUUUGGCAAUCGCUUUAUAUCGCACAGUUCGCCGCAAUUGUUGUACAGUGAAAUUAAAAAACCGCUUACAACAUUUACACACAAACAUCAGGAGAAACGUCAGCAGCAGCGUCAACAACAACAGCAACAACAGAAGCAUCAACAGCAAGUAUCCUUCCUGUCAAAACACUUCGGCAGCUGUCGUUCAUUUCAAACGCAAUCCCGUUAUAAUCUCUUCGAAUCGAAAAGUCAAAAUUCAGUUAACGUUGGUCUCAACUCGAAGUGGAGUGGUGGCCCCAAUGCUGCCUACUUUGGUUCAUUACAACGUCUGAUGCCAUACAAUUUGGAAUAUGAUUUCACAGUUACACAGGAUCGCACAGCGUUCAACGAGGAAGAUGACGAGUACGAUGAACAAGAGGAUCGCAUGAAAAAAUAUUGGGGCAUAGCGACUACAGAGCUCUAGAUGUGCAUAUAUUAUCUAUAUAUGUACAUAUUUAUAUGUAAUAGGGUGUCCGUUAUUUCUCAAGUUCGUUUUUUUUAUUUUAACUCUUAAAGCAAUUUUUUAAUGAAAAAAAAUCAAUAAGAGCUUUGUGCAGAUAAUAUGCUUGAAGCAAAACAAAUCUUUGAAAAGUGUUGCCAUAAGAAAAUUAAAAAGUAACGUCUCACUCUUAUAUCAGUAA